GCUCUCCUCUCCCACCCUUGUUUGCCGCCGCUGUCCCUCUUCUCCGACGCAGUGCACUCACGAUAAUGGCUCGCCAGUACGGCAUCAAAUUUGCCGUCCAUCUUAUCACCAAUCACUUCGGAAACCUCGUCGCGAAAGUAUGUGAAUGCCUUCUUAGGAGGGGAACCCUCACUUUGGAGCAAUUGGUUCGGUUCACGGAGCUUACCAAAGAGCAAGUCAAGAACUCCCUACUUGUCUUAGUCCAGCACAACUGUGUUCAAGCAUUUAUUCUUGAACAAGAAGGAUCAAAAGCUUAUACACAGUACCUGGUACUAUUUGACAACAUACUCCAUCGGUUGAGAUUUCCCAAAUUCUUGGAGGUCGUUUCACAGGAUCUUGAUGAAGAAUGUGUAGAGCUUCUUGAGGGAUUGCUCCGUGAUGGUAGGCUAACUCUGAAACAGAUGGUUGACAGAGCAAGCCAAAGAAAAGAAAAUGCUGUGGCCUUAGAUGUUGUACAAGAGAGCCUUCGUAAACUCUUAAUGGUCCGAUAUGUUGAACGCUGCCCUUCCCCUGAGCCAGUUAUUUCUCCUCCAGUUGAGCAGGACACCAAAAGGCGAGGUGCUAAGUCCAAGAUAGUAGAAGAACCAGAGACAAUAGAGUAUCGUGUUUUAGAAGCAGCUGUGCCCGUGGAAGGAAUCAGGUUUUCUCUCACUUCAAAUUCUGAUGUAAUAAAUAACUCAGAGAUUUCACCCACAACCGGAGCUGGAGCAAAUGUUGCAAGAGAGGAUUCAACUCUCUUUCGUGCCAAUUUUGAGGAGUUUAUACGUCGUUGUAGGCACAAGGUAUUGAUUGAGAAUGUCAGAACAUCGCAUGAUGAUGAACCUGCUACUGUCUUGGGGGCAAUACUGGACGCAACUAGAAAUGCUGAGAAAAAAGUGAAAAUGGAGAAUUCAGUUCCGUUGACACUGGAUGCUAUUUUCACUGAGGUGCAGAAGACUGCAAGUGGCCGUGCUAUGACCAUGGAGCGUGUUAGAUCUUCUCUUGUCCUACUGGGUUGUCCUCAGAGAAUGUUAGAUGAUUCAUAUAGUAUUGAUCUGAAGAAAAUUAUUGAGUCUGCUCGAGAUGAAGAGGUUGAGUCAAUUGUAUUGAAAAGGUACGGAAGGGAUGCCUACAGGAUGUUCAGAUUGUUGUCCAAGGCUGGUCGUUUUCUCGAGACCGAUAAGAUAGCAGAGUCUACUUUUGUUGAGAAAAGAGAUACUCCGAAGAUACUAUACAAGUUAUGGAAGGAUGACUAUCUGCAUAUGGAGAAAUUGGUUGUGACAGGAGCUAGGCAAUCAAAGUUUUUGUUAUGGAAAGUUAACAAGCCUAUUUUGUGGGAGCACGUACUAGAUGAGAUGCAUCAUGCGGCCUUAAAUUUGAGCCUACGACUGGCUUAUGAGCAGGAAAAGGAUGAAGAGCUUUUGAAUGUUCCUAGAGACAAGAUUGUGGGGCCGCUACAGAAGAGAUAUAAACGGCUGAGAAAUGCCUGGUUACUGCUGGAAUCCUCCCUGAUGAAACUUGAUGAUGCUCUGAUGCUUUUCCAUGAUUUCUGAAUAUAAAUUUUAUUACAUUAACUUAUUGUGAUCUCUGCAUGAAGGGGAUAAUGCAUAUAGAAAACUUUGUCCGUUUUAUGGCCUAAAUAGAAUAGGUUAAGCAGUUAUUUUUAGCUUAUAAAUAUCGUAAUUACAUGUAGAUUUUUAUAUCAUGUUAUGUAUUAGAGGCUUGUGCUUUGUACAAAAUCUGGGGACGCACGUCUUAUAGCUUAUGCGAUUUUAUAGAUUUUGUAUUAAAAAUAUUCAAUUUUCCAUAUUUCAACUAAGCAUUCAAGUAUUUGUUUGUAAGCUUA